AUGAAACGGCUGUUGAACAUUCGGCGAACCCAGCCUCCCCAGGACCCCCAGAAGUGGGUUCCCAUUCUUGGGGAGCUGCAGAAGACCCUCCAGAAGGGCGAGUACCUGCCCCUCCGCCCGCUGCCCAUGUUCGAGAGUAACUUUGUCCAGGUGACCAAUCAUGGGGCUCCUGCAUUCGUGCACCACAGACCCAACAAGCUGACUAUGGGUGUAGCGGCAUCUUUGCCUGGUCUAGUGCUGCCUGACAUUCUCUUGCUUGCUCGGCCCCCGGAGGGCAAAGAUUGCUCCAGUCUCAACCUGACCAGGAUGAUCCCGCUAGACCUUGCCCACCUCUAUGUCCACGAUCUGCCCUCCUGGCGCCUGAAGCUUCGUCUGAUCACCGGUCGCUACUACUACCUGGAACUGGAUGCCCCUGAUCAUGAGCUAGACUUCCUGUUUGACCGCUGGAUUCGCCUCAUCAACUUGCUUCAUGAACCUACCAUAUCUUGGGCACCCAGGACCAUGAACACGCCCCCCCUGGACGCGCCCCUAGACGGAGCGCCGGCCUCCACCUGGCGCCUUCAGGAUCAAUCUGGAAGCAGACUUACAGUUGAAGUGGCUCAGCGUACCUUCCCUUACAAGAUAUUCUCUUCUCAAAAACAAAGGAAGACCAAGACAGUCAAGCACACACUCAGGUCUCAGGCUGUGGGUGACUCUCUGCCUCUCAUCUGGUCACAACUGAAACCUCCUGAGGAUCAGAUGAAAGUCACAGAAAAGAAAUCCUACCUAAAUGCCUGCCAUGACAGAUCCAAAACUCUCAUCCGCGUUUCUGAGAAGGCCAGCUUCACCAUCCGAACCAUCUUUAGCAUCAUCUCCGGCACGAUGAACCAGGAACACAGAUCGGAUUCUGAGGGAACCACAGGCCGGGGCGGUCUUAUCGAGACUCCCACACAGUGUAUCGCUCAUGACAGCCCUGGUUUACCCAUCAUCGACUCCUGUGAUCACAUGGACACCUUCCUGUGGACACAAGACCUUGAUGAGCUCAUGGACACUGAAUCCACCUCGUUGUCUUCUUCCUUGUACACAUCUCCUUACCCUCCUGCCUUAUACAUCUUUCCGAAGUCCAAUGACAAGGCCAUGCCCAUAGGCUCGGUGAAAUACAUGGGGCCACUGUCCUCCCAGAAGGCUGCAUCUGCCCCCAUCCCACCAGGGAAAGCACCAUUCAUUUUGGACCAGUCUACUAAGGUACCAGCUGAGCCAGCUCCAGCUCAGAAGGCCCCAGCCCUCCCUGCUCCAGCUCGGAAGACCCCAGCUGCACCAUGGUCAACCCAGAAGUCUCCAGCCAAACCUAGCCUCUUCUAUAAGGUUCCACCUUCUAUUUCCCAGAAGCCCCCAUCUAUCCCUGCACCCCCGCGGAAGGCCCCAGUUCUAGUUGCUCCACCCCAGAAAACUUUACCCCCAAUUCCAAAGCUUCUACAAGUACCUGCAGGUCCUCAAAAGGCCACACCCCCAAAGAAGGAACUUCUAGUCCUAAAUACUCAAUCUCAGAAGGCUCCAACUGCCCGGUACCAGAAAACUCCCGAUUCAAGGGCAAAGGCCCCUGAGGAUACUAGCGUGUUACCGGCAGGAGACAUGCUUGAGAGAAAGUCUGAAGGGAAACAGGAACCUGUUGUGUUGGUGAGAGGGCAGAAGACAAAAGUGGUAGAUAUGAGGGCCCAGGCCACAGCCCUGCAGUUGCCCUCUGCCACCACCAAGAAGCAAUCCAAGGAGAUCUUGAUUAGCAAAACCCAGGAGGUCACUCUGGAGGCCUUGACGUGCAGGGGCAAAUCGGAGGACAGGGCCUACGAGAUGAGGGAAGAGACAACUGUGAACUUGCCUGAUAUGAAGUCCAAGGAGAUAGAGAAGCAGAAGAAAUGGGUCUUGACCCAGGAGGUAGCUGUUGAGGGCCUCCACACAGAGAACAACAGGGCCUUCUCUGUGGAGGGUCUCGCCCUGGCCAAGAUGAUGAUCAUGGCCAAAUCCAAACAGCAGCACCUGAAGCCAGAUACCAUAUCUCUGCCCUCCUGGUUCUCCAUGACUUCCAGGGGGUCUGCCAUGUCUGUGCUGGCCGAUUUGCCCUUUAAUGCCAGCCAGAUGGCCUUACCAGAAGAUACACAGGUAGUGGUCAGGUCCCCUACUAAGGUGAAAGAGAACACACAGCUCCAGGUGGAGGAGAAGCCACCUGAGGAUUCGCUGAGGACUUUCAAGGAACCCAUAAUUGAGUUGCCAAAGACUGACAGCCCAAAGGUGGGUAAAACUGUUCAGUUUCCCACCACCAUGACCACCUCAGGUUUGGAGAACACUUCCCGGCCAAUGACACCCCUGACAUCCCUGACGUCUCCCAUCACCAAGACAGGCUCCUCAGUCAGGGUGCCCCAAAAGCCUGGAGUGAAACAUCAAGGGCUCAAGCAGGCACAAACACAGCAGCAGCCUCUGGCUGUCGUGGGAUCAACCUCAGAAGUUCUCUUGCCCAUUGUCUUGGAAAUGGAGAAUAAGAGAAAAAUGUCCAUGAAAGAGGAGAUUCUGGUAAAGGAAUCUGGCAUCCCUCAUGCUCAGGUAUUUGACAUUAGCAGCUGGAGGUGA